CUUAUUUAGUUAACCCAAGUUGGUUUGCUGUGAAGAGAUGUGAGUGCUGAUGUUUCGGACAGGAACAUUUUGAAGAAACUAACGAAUUAUAAUUUUUUUUCUAAUGGCCUUGACACCAUUUCUCAGAUUCUAGAUUUACCUUUGAUCUUUAUACGAAUAUAUGAGGUUAUUCUAUUUUUUCUUUUGAUUUGCAGAUUUAAGAAUUACAAUUAACAAGCGAUCCCCGUUAAGAAAACAAAUAACGAACUCUUCAGUUAUUGAGGAUGGAAAUGACUGUGUUUUCUGGCUGAGAUUAAUUUUGAUAUAUUUACAAACCAACUUCUACAAAUAUUUAUCUAUCUCUAGAUACAGAUAGAUAUAAAUAUUAUAUAAGCUGAUCACUAAGUUUUUUAUCCAAGGUGCUGCAAUCAAGAAUUUAAGAAUCACUUAUGUUGCUGGGUUGAAUUCUAUAUCUUGGCAGUGUAACCUGCAAAAACAAAAUAUACAAAGAAUAAUAUAUUUUUUUUUUCAUAUAAUCUAAAUUUUAUAAUCUUGAUCUACUUCCACUGAACGAAUUAUAGAAAAGAAUUAAAUAUGACCAUGGGUGAUGAGUCCCUGUAUGCUGCAAUGACCAUUCCCGUUAUUAUUGGACCCAUAUUGGAAAGGCUUGAGCAGGAAGAUAUGGCAGCAGCACAGACUCUGAGAGCAGCCUUUUGCAAGGUGGAAGCUGUGUAUAAAGGGUUUGCUUUUGACUUUGUUAAAGCCUUAUUAAUAAAAUCUGAAAUUUAUAAUAAAAUAGAGAUGUGUGAAACCCUACUCAAGCUGGAAGGAUUGAAUGACUUUGAAGAGUUCAAAAUAACCCGUCCAGAACCAAGAUUCCAGGAAUUUAAUCAAAGAGCAAUUGAUUUGAAAAAGAUCCUUAGUAAAAUUCCUGACCAAAUAUAUGACAGAAAACUAUUCCUGGAAGCUAUAAAAGACAUUGCUAAUGCAAUUCGUCUGUUGUUGGAUUCAGUAAAUCAAGUUACUGCCAAUGAAGUACUGAGACCAGAUGGAAAACAGACUCUUGCACAUCGGAAGAAAGAAUUUAUCAAAUAUUCUAAACGCUUCAGCACAACUUUAAAAGAUUACUUUAAGGAAAAUGAAAAACGAGAUGUAUUUUUGAGUGCUGCUUAUCUUGUGGACCAAACAAAUUUGAUCAUGAAAGCUGUGAAAGCAGUUUAUUGAUUUCAGCAGUUAUUGUAGAGAAAAAAAAAGUAUGAAUGAUAAAACAAUUGGGACAGGAGACAAUGGUGUCACUUCAGACAGCACACUAGCUAAUUUUCACUCCACAUAUCUACUACUGGUAUAAGUCUAUUUUUUAAACAUUGAGAAAAUGCAAGAUUCAUCUACUACAGAAAUAGGAAUAUUGUGUGUGUAUUGGCGAGUGUUUGUGUUUACAAGCAAGCACAUAUAUAUAUAUAUAUAUAUAUAUAUAUAUAUAUAUAUAUGUGUGUGUGUGUGUAUGUAUAUGUAUAAUUAAUCAGCAGAAGUUACUGAGUAACUCAAUAGCCAUGAGUUUUGUAUGUUGGAACUUAUCAAACUGGUAUCAAAUUAUGUGUAUAGAUCACUUAUGAUGAUAAUUAUCAGUAAUUAUCAUUUUAACCAGUGUAUAUAAAUGUAAAAGCUGUAAUUUGAAACCAAUUUCAUGGGUGCCAAUGCACAAAUCUCUCAACCUUUGAGUCAUUCUAACUCCUACUGAUUAUUAAUAAUAGUAAUAAUAAUAACAAGAUAUGUGUGGGAGUGGGGGUGCACAAAAAAUAUUUGUAUUUUCAUGUAAGGGUAGAAAGUGCUCAAUACACACCUGUGUUAGAAGUGUGUGGAGUCUGUCUGUUGGUAAACUGAAUUAUUUCCUCAUGCUCAAAGGUUAUUUCAGAUUGAAGAUGAAUGCAGCUGACUAUACAAAAAGCUUUUAGAUAUGAAGAAUGAUUUAAUUCACCAAUACACAAUUACGUGUGUGUGUGUGUGUGUAUGCAUAUGAGUGUACAUAUGUAUUUAUAUAUACAUGUUUACACUUAUGUAUGUAUAAAUAUGUAUAUAUAUAUAUGUAUCUAUGUACAUAUAUAUAUAUACUUAUAUAUAUACAUGUGUGUGUCUGUUAUAUGUGUAGGGGUGGGUGCAUGCAUCUAAGUGAUUUUAACUAGUUUUUCUUCAUUUCAAUUUACUUUUUAUUCUUUUCCUAUUUGGUGGAGUGGUCUUUUUAUCAUAUAUAUAUAUAUAUAUAU